AUGCGACUCGCUAUUUCUGUUGCCCGACCGAACCUUACAAGCUUGGGCACUUGUUUCGGUAAAUUCACGAAAAGCGGCAAGUUCAAGCUCCACAUUACCGCGUUGGACUACUUGGCGCAAUUUGCCAAAUACAAAGUUUGGAUUAAACCGAACGGUGAAAUGCCCUUUUUGUACGGGAACCAUGUUCUGAAGGCGCACCUCGGACGCAUAACGGAGGAUACACCUGAGCACCAAGGUGUUGUUGUCUUCAGCAUGAACGACACACCACUGGGAUUUGGAGUAACCGCUCGGUCCACUGUGGACACAAGAAAACUUGACCCGACAGCAAUCAUCGUCUUCCAUCAAGCUAAAUGGUCCAUGCUCGCACGUGUCUCUGCCUCGACUAUGUCUACCGCCACAACGUCCUCUACCCCAGAUCCUGCUACCCAAUGGACUUCCCUGGCAGACGCAGACCUUUCCGUUGACGAUGUGGCUAAGCUUCUUAAACCUAUCCGGGAAGACUUCUGGGUCGCCGCUGCAUGCGUAGACCGGGUCCUCGACGACUCGACUGUUCAGCAGGCUCUCCUCGACCUCGGUAUAGAGCGAACAUUGGAAGCUGCUGAACGCGUUCAAGACAUCUCAGGGAGUUCGUACUCGGGAGAAGACGAAAGAUUGGUUGAGGGCGCAGGGGAGCAAGCACGGCACGUCGCGUUAGUCUCUUACUUCGCCGACGAGCCUGCGGACGCGCAGCUCUGCCGCAUACGUGCCGUGCUCUUGGAGCGCCUCGACAGGCUCAACACUUAUGUUCAAAUCUUUCGGGAGGCCCCCGUGGAAGAAGACGAUAAAGUCGAUUCCAUCGACGAGGAGUGGGAAGACGAUCCAUGGGUGGACGAAGAUGCUCCCCCUCAGCCCAAACCGACGAAGCCCGGCAAAGCUCCCAUCCCCCUCUCCGAGUUCCUCGCUUCAGACUUGGUAGAAGUGGCAUGCUCCUUCGCAUCACAAGAACACUUUGCCGCUCUCAGUAUCCUCACAAGCCGUCAUGCACCGAUGCUUUGGCCCUACCGCUUUACAAUACUGGACUGUAUCCCAGAGUAUGCCCUGGCGUCGGACUACCAGGGUCUGCUGCCAUCGUACGACCCAUCCUCAGAGCUUGAAACACACCCAGAAUACUCUCCGUGGAGGACCGAAGCGGAUUACUGCGAGAAGCCGGAAUGCGCACGAGCCGUCAUCGAAUCACCUUCUGGUUCCCAUCCCAAUCCUGUCACAUCCUCCGAACUCUCAUCAUGGUACCUCCGUAGAACAGAGCACGUCUUGCAUUCCACCGGCAUGAUAGACGUCGCCCUCUUCCUCAUCCAGCAUGCAGCUUCUCAAGGUCUCCUCGCCUUGGACGAGAUUGGAGAGGACCUCAGCCUGAUCGCGCGCCUUGUCUACGAUGCGGCGCAAGGCAAGGACGGCGCCGCGGAGGAUUGGAGCUUAGCGAGGUGGAGGUCGAUGACACCAUCCGACGUGGUACGGGCUUAUCUCGCUCAUUCGACCGAACAACGAGUUGUCCAGGACAUCCAUAAACUGGUCAUGCCAUUCCUCUUUGUCCUGGAGGCUCGCGCGGAACGCACAAGUCAGCCGGAUACCACACUCGUGACACGUCUUCUCCACGAAUACAUCUUGAACGCACCUUUGGACAUGGUCGCCGCAAUAUUCGAAGCAUCCAAGCCGACUCUCCCACAGGCUCAACGUAUCAUCAACAAUGACGAAGACAUGGCGCGACUCGCCCUUGCCUGCCUAUAUGGCAGUGACAGCCUGGAUCAGUGGCCAACGAUGAGUCGCAUAUUCGAGUGUUUGCCCGCGUGGACCUCAGCUGGGGAUGACGAAGAAGACGAAGACGAGACAGACACCACCAUCUCUUCCCUUGGCGACUUUGUGGCUCCAUCGACGACCAGGCCUAAAGCCACCCCGUCAGAUCUACUCCUGUUCUUUAAGCCAUUGCCUAUCACAUCGUUGUCACGAGCACUGGACGUCCUGGACGUUCACUUGGAGUCAGGGGAGAUUCUCUCAAGAUGGAGCGUCCCAGCUCCACUCCGUUGGUUUCUGCGAAGCAAUUCAAGCAUCGCCGAGCAACGUUCUUGGGCGAACCGCAUGGCACGUCGAGCGAACGCGUCGAAUGACGCACUGGACACCCAAGAAGACUGGGAGUGGCUGCUCGAAGACAUGCUCAAGCUUUCCGGAGACGGCGAAAGUGGAUCAAGAAGCGCUUUUUGUCUGCUGUCGCGAGAUGAUAUCAUCCGCAUAUUCUUCAGUGGCCUCUUGAGCACGGGCAGUUUCGAUAUUGCAAAGAAGCUACUGCGUUCACGCAAGAUGGACCUGUCUCUUGAUGAUCGGGUGAUUGAAGACAUCUGCCUCACAUGCUCGCAGGAAUUUUACGAUAAUGCCACGUCAGGCAACUAUCAUUUUGGCGACAUGAAGUUGGCAUAUGACUGUCUCGGUGUGGCUGCGUCUUCGGAUCGGAUCGAGGAGGAGAAGGAGUUCAUCGAAGCCACGUCCCGGCUGUGUUCCUACAAUCUCAUGUCUCGCCCCGGCAUCCCAAUCUCACCCAUCGAGAUCCGGCUCACCAAAGAUCGCCUCUCCCUCGUCUCCCGCGUCCUGUCAAGCAAUAAUGACGCCUACAAGCACACCGAGGUCAUCCUCGACCUCAUCCGCAAGCUCGGCUUCCGCGACGACAUCGUCGCCGAAGUGAAGACCCUCGCCAUGCUAACCGAGACCGCGCUCCAGGCGGACGACUUCCCGCGUGCGUACGCGACCGCCGACACCAUGGUCAACACCGUCGUCCUCCUCCGCGGCGACCGGGCCCCAGGCGCCGCUUCCGCUCCCUCUGCGACCCCGGACCCGAUCGCGGAGGCGAGCGAGGUCUGCUGGCUCACCUGCUUCCAGCUCGGGCGCCACCCCGAAGUCCCAGACGCGGACAAGAAGCUCGCCCUCCUCGGCCGCGCGCUCGAGAUCUGUCCCGCCGAGCGCCUCCCGGACGUCCUCGCCGCCUGGCGCGCGCUCGAGGACGAGGACGUCGACGCGCGCCGUGACGCGCUGCUCGAGCGGUCGCGCACCCGCACCCGUGGGCGCGGGCGGAGGCGGGCGGGCUCUACGCUCACCCCCGCGCACGCGGUCGCGUCGCUCGCGACGCGCCUGCAGAGCAUGCAGGCGCACAUGCCGUCCCCGGACGCCGCGGCGUUCGCGGGCAAGGCGUUCAGCCGCGUCGCGGCGAACAUCCCGUUCGCGCUCGGGGGCCGCGGGCGGUCGUACCUGUCGGAGGACUCGGAGCGCUCGCGCAGCGGGAGCAGGACGCGGCUGGACGGGGCGCAGGUGUCGGAGCAGGCGUCGCGCGUGUUGCAAAAGGGUAUUGGGUGGUUGCUCGGCGCCGAAGAUGAGUAG